GUUUGGCCCUGAGCAGCAUGGAGCAGAUCUACGUCCGCCAUGUGGAGCUGCUGGGAUACGAGAAGCGUCUGUUUCCCAGCCAGCACUUUGUGUACAUGCUGAUGGUGAAGUGGAGUGACCUCUCUGAGAAACUCAUCUACCGCCGGUACCCCGAGGUUCACACUUUUCAUAAAACGCUGAAAGAGAUGUUUCCCAUUGAGUCAGGGGCGAUCGAGAAGAAAGACAGAACCAUCCCGACAUUACCAGCACCAAGCUGGCUGGACAGCCAGAAGGCCGCAGAGACCCGGCAGAGCCCCCUGGCAGAGUACUGCCGCUCCCUCAUCAGCCAGCCGCCGCAUAUCUCCCGAUGUCGCCUGGUCUGCAGCUUCUUCGCCGUUCGGCCUGAGGAUGAGAACCCACCGAGCCCGAGUGGGUCCAGUAAAAAUGAAACCAAUGUUGUGUCCAAAGACCAAUUAAACGGAACGAUAACUGAGAUCACUGGCCCCAUCGUUUUGGACACCUACAGGGUCAUUGGUGACUUUGAAAAGACUUCCAAGCAUGAGAUCACGCUGCAAACAGGAGAUCUGGUGGAAAUUGUGGAGAAAAGUACAAAUGGCUGGUGGUUCUGCCAGUGUGAUACCAGCCUGGGCUGGGUACCAGCCUCCUACCUUGAGCCUCUGGACGCCCCAGAGGAGCCUGAGGAAGCCGAACCCAACUACGCAGGGGAGCUGUACGUCAGCACCAUGGCCUACAAGGCUGAGCUGGAGGAUGAGCUCUCCCUAGAGGUCGAUGAGGAGGUGGAGGUCAUCCAUAAGCUGCUAGACGGCUGGUGGGAAGUGCGGAAAGGAGAUGAGACAGGACAUUUCCCCUCCAUGUUUCUCAAGAGUGCAGGAAGAAAGGAGCCGGCCGAACCCCAGAACAACAGCUUCCAGAAACGGCCACCUCCACGCCGGUCAACCAUACGUAAUCCAAAAAGCAUCCACACCAGGGGACGCCGGAGUCUCAGCCAGGAUGCCUACCGCAGGAACAGCCGCCGCUUUCUGCAGACCACCAGGGGCGACCUGACCGAGGGGGGGAGGAAGUCCCCGCUCAGGGAGAGGAUAAACCAAGCCAAGCUCCCUGAGGAGUCCACUCCGAAGGACCAAGGUCAAAUGCCGGCCGUCCCGACGCGGCCCACUGCCGACCUCAUCAUGCAGCGCUGCACCGAACACACCCGGAAGAAAGUCAGCGUCCGGAAACCAAACGAGUCCGCAGCAAACCACUAGCGUUGCUUUGUUUAGGGUUGUCAUUUCAAAUAUAAAAUAAAAUAUUAUUAUAAAUAUACAAAUAAUAAACUAAUUAUGACACGAAGACAAAGCAGUAUUUAUAUUGUAUUUGUGAUGGGAAUUCCGGAACCAAGCCUUAUAACUGACCAAACUGGGUAGAAUAAAGUGUAAUCUGAAAUAAUAACAGUAAUGGUCAUAUAUUUAGGUGAUAAUGGUACAUAACAUAUAAUCAAUGAUACAGCAAACAAUAAAACAAACAAAUGAUGAUCCGAGGCCUAGAUGGGAGUUGCCCCUGCUUCUCUCCAAGAGCUCCGCAUGGGAAAACAACCUGUGCCCUUCCAAGAGGUGCACAAGCUGAAAUCGGAUGCAAGGAAAAUCAACCUGUGUAACUCCAAGAGCUGCCCAAGCUGAAGUCCAAUGCAUUGACAAAUGCAGGAACUUUUUAUAUAGUGGUACAGCUGUCAGAAAUGCUCAGCUCUGCUCCACACAUGAUGUGUGAUGGAAUAAUCCAUCAUGUUGUUUCCCCUUCAUCAUGUAAGCUCUGUCCCCUAUUCCUUGCACUGUCACCCUACUUGCCACCCUACUUGUUCCUAGCAUUAUCUAACGUUAACCUUUGUGC